AUGAAUCUCUCGGACAACAUCAGCAAUAAUAGUAACUGUACAAUGACCAUGAUGACGAAGACGGAUCCCAUUUCAUUCAGAACCGAUUUUUUGGAAGGCUUUCAUCGAGUUCAUGUUGGCCAUUUUGCUUCAAUUCCGAUUGUGUUGCCAUCGAACAACAGCCAACAGUCAUCAUCAUCCAACCACAACAACAACAACAACAUUCAAGAUGAAGAAACUAAUUUAAUGGCCUCCGUGGAUGGAACUACUUGCUUUCUAGAUCAGGAUUACCAAGAUUGUAAAACUAGGCUCCUCAUGCAAAGCUUCUUCCUGCCAAAGGCUUCCAUUAUCAAUAUUUCAAAUUGUGGAAGGAAGGAAGUACAGAAUUUUAUCAAAAUGAGCAAGAGUAUUUCAGUUUUGGACAAGGCCAAUGAAGAAGUUGGAGUUGGCAAGAAUGAAUUUGCUUAUUUGAGUGACUUGUGGAAUCAAAUGUUCAAACUACCUCAAACGAUGCUCAAAUAUAGUGGCAAGCAUGAGAGUUUUUGGAGAGGAGGAAUAUUCUCCACCUUGUAUCGUUUUAUUACUCGUGAUUACGAACACAUUUUUGAUGAGAAUAGAGAUUUUCAAUGCAUCGAUAGUGGGUCAACUCAGGACAGCAAAUACUCAGGUGACCUAAUAACUUCUUCCUUCCUGUCAGGUGACAUUGUUAGUAAUAGUACCAACAUCAACAAAAUGAAACUCGAUGGCACCUUCUUCAUUGGCUUCAAUCAUCAAAGAAAUAAGGAAAUUCGUGAACUCACUCGUCGUAUGGUGUCUGCGUUGGCAACUGAGGCAUCGACCACGAGAAGUGUCAUCCUUCCUCAAACAACAUGCGUUGCUUCUGAUACCAUUGUAUCACCCACUUCAUCGAAACAGCAAAAGCAAUUUCUCGAUCAAGCCUUCCAAAGUGGAACCUUACUUCCUUUCUUUGGAUCUUGUGAGCGUAAUGACACCACUGGAAAUCAAUAUCAAGCCGAAAACGAAUUGAGUUUGAUGCUUAAAUUGUUUCUUGAGACUCAGUAUACCUUUUUCCAAAAGCUAGGCUCCAAACCUAAGAAACGUUUUGUUUCUGGUCUUACUUGUGUCGGUCCUCUUGUUACAUGCUUUGUGAUGCGAAGAUAUCAUACUGUUGUAGAAUCAUUCGAAAGUGAUAUCAGCUUGAAGAAGAAUAGUAGUAGCAAUGUUGAACCAAUUUACGUCAUGCAACCUUUAGAUACAUUCAACUUGUCCAACUAUGACGACUUGUUGAGAUGUGCCAAAUAUCUCACUGGCGUAAGAAAAUUAGGAGAAUCUCUUUUUGCGGAAGUGAGAAAUGCUCUGAGACAUCUUUGUGGCUUGCCUUUGUUGGGCAAUGAGAAAAAGACAUUAAACAGUGCUCAACAACUUUCAAAUGAGAACAAUCAAUCAGAUUCAGAUCCAAGUCAUGACAAUGGUUCUUUAGUAUCAUCCAAUCAUAUGGGAAAUGCUCAUAACCCUAAUGAGAAAGUCAAGAAUUCAAAUCAACAACAUGCCAAAUCUUCUUCAAAUGCCAGCAAAUCCAACGUGUCUGUUAACCAGCAACUGUCUGUAUCUCCAAAAGCAAACAGCAACAGACGAGAAGAAAGAACUCCUUCGAGUGGUGAAAAAAGAAAGCAACCACCCACGCCAGCGAAUGGCACCUCCAGCAUUAGUAGUAAUGGAACAGCCACGCAAGAAUCCAAGUCACAGUCUAGUUCACAGGUUCAAAAGAAGCAAAAAGUGAACGCCAGCACUGCCAUCUCACCAGAGAGAACUUCUAGACCAGCAGCGGAACAAACACCAGGAGAGCUGACGAUGAUGAACAGCAACAACAUCACCAAUAAUGAGGAGACAAGUCAAAGGUCCACUCAACAAGAUUCUGUUUCCAGCAGUGCUAACGAUAGUGAACGAAUGAUUGUGGACAAUCAUGAAGCUUCAAGUGACCUUGAUGAGUAG